AACGAGUAAAAUUGGUGAGGCGAAUUUCGAAUGGUGUGCAGUUUGAAAAAAUUCUUCGUUGAGGAUAGAUCGCUAUUUUUUAGGAGUAAAGCAAAUUCGAACGAGUUCAACGAAUAUUUCUUGUGCUUGACAGACACAAAACAAAUCGAUCAAAAUGUUCAAAAACCAUUUGGAAAUGAUUGGGCGCAAUGAGAGCCCCAGCAAGAAGGCCAAAUUCUGGCAAUCCUACAUCAGAUCCCUGAAGGGUUCCGAGGAUAUUCGCGCCCAUGAAGCGCCCAGAGCUUCUCGCCCAUACAGCUCGUACCUGGAUUCGCCCACAUACAGGAGCAUCUACGAUGAGCCCGCAACGGCCAACGAGCGCGUUCAGUCAUCUGGCUACAGAUACUUGCCAGUGAGCCGUGACACCUACGGCUACUCGCCACGUGCCAUCUACGAUCAUCAUUACAGCAGAACAAUUCCAGCUAAUUACGAUGCAGAGAAGGCAUGGAAUGAUCAUUUGAAGCGCAUGCAAGAAAUUGAGCGCAGAUACCCAUCUCGCUAUGGUCUCUACUUGAGAGACAAGCCACUCACACCAAACUCGUUGGUGCCUUUGGAAUACGAGCCAGAGGAUAAGCUGUUGGCUGAACUCAACAAGGCACGUCGCUCUGCCUCGCCGUUCCGUCCCAGCCGCACGAGCCGGGCUGGAAGCGAGCCUUAUGUGCCACCACCAGUCUACUGGAACCGUGAGGGCAGCGUGCCACGUGGCGGACCAUCUGUGUUCGAUCGUGCCACAAGCCUGGCUCCGUUCACGCGGCCAAGCUUCCGUGCCAGCUCGCUGGAACCCUUGGAUGAACUCUUUGAAAGUAAGUUGCCAGCAAUUGCUGUGGCCGCGGCCGCAGCCGAGGCCGAGGUAGCAGCUGCCGUUAGGCCUUCGAUUUUUGAGCGCGCCGGCUCGCCAAGUCCCACUCCUGUAAAAGCUGGUCGCUGGGGACCACGCCCCACCGAAGUCGCCUACGAUGCUGAGGGUAAAAAUCGAAAUUCUUCUUAUCUGUUUUCCUUUUAUACAAGAAGAGACAAAAUUUUCUCGUUGUUAUUGUUUUUAAUGGCAAUGAUGAUAAUGACGAUACUGAUGCUGAUGUUGAUGAACGUGUGGAAAAGUGUUGCCAUAUUUUUCGCGAUGCGUUCGUAUCUGUUUCAGUCACAGUGCCCGUCGCUAGAAUUUGUCAAAAUUUUAUAUAUUUUUUUUGGCUGUUAUCCAACAUUUUUAUUACGUACUGCCAACAGCCCCAGCAAAAAAAUAUAUGUUAGCCCAGCAGUAAGCGGCGUGCUUAAAGUCUUUAAUCUUGAAUUCACUUAAACGCUUCUCCCCACC